AUGAGCGUCGAAACACAGAAUGCUGAAACACUAGUUCAGAAUCUUCAGAGCAACGCAUCAGGGGAUAUGGUUGCUGCGGGAGCUGAAGACGGGUCUGUGACUAUUUUCAAAAUCCAGGAGCAAGCCCACGUUCCUGUGCAGAAGUUGUCGUACAGUGCGUCAGCUAUCUUUAGCACCUUGUUUCUGGGCGAGAGAGUUGUAGCUGCGACGCACGACGGGCAUCUUUUGGUGUGGAAAAUGGGGCCAACCGAGUACGCUUUUGAGUCCGCCAUAAACGUGUUUGAGGGCUCUAUCAACGUCAUAGCCGAGUGCAAGGGGGAUAUUUUGUGCGGGUGCUCAGACGGGAAAAUCCGCAGAGUGAUGCUUUCCGGGGAGACUUCUGCCGCUUGGACCGCGCACAAAAGGGGCGUCACGGGCGUGUCUGUGCACAAGAACUACAUUAUAAGCGUGGGGAUGGACGGCCUCGUGAAAAUAUGGAGUGAAGCCGAUCUGUCUCUUGCGCUAGAGGUGCGGGAGCAUGCAAAGCCCGUGAGAGACUGCAAAGUGUGCAUAAACGAGUUUGGAGCGUUUGUUUUUGCGACUUGCGCCGACGACGGAAAGCUGCUCAUUUUUGUGGAGGAUAAGGACUCGCCCUUGAAGUUCUCUAUUGACGCGCACGAGCUGGGAAGUCCAUGCACGAAGCUUUCAUGGACACAGCUGGGGUAUGCCUUGGCAGUUGGAUAUGGGAAAGGCGAGGCCAAGAUAUUUAUGCCGGCCGGACCGGGCAAGUGGAAAGAGGCCUCUAUUGUACUUCCUUAA